CUGAGUAUGGAUCAUCUGAACGAGACAACUCAGGGGAAAGAACAUUCAGAAAUGUCUAACAAUGUGAGUGAUCCGAAGGGUCCACCAGCCAAGAUUGCCCGCCUGGAGCAGAAUGGGAGCCCGCUAGGAAGAGGAAGGCUUGGGAGUACAGGUGCAAAAAUGCAGGGAGUGCCUUUAAAACACUCGGGCCAUCUGAUGAAAACCAACCUUAGGAAAGGAACCAUGUUACCAGUUUUCUGCGUGGUGGAACAUUAUGAAAACGCCAUUGAAUAUGAUUGCAAGGAGGAGCAUGCGGAAUUUGUGUUGGUGAGAAAGGAUAUGCUUUUCAACCAGCUGAUAGAAAUGGCAUUGCUGUCUCUAGGUUAUUCACAUAGCUCUGCUGCCCAGGCCAAAGGGCUAAUCCAGGUUGGAAAGUGGAAUCCAGUUCCGCUGUCUUACGUGACAGAUGCCCCUGAUGCUACGGUAGCAGAUAUGCUUCAAGAUGUGUAUCAUGUGGUCACGUUGAAAAUUCAGUUACACAGUUGCCCCAAACUAGAAGACUUGCCUCCUGAACAAUGGUCGCACACCACAGUAAGGAAUGCUCUGAAGGACUUACUCAAAGAUAUGAAUCAGAGUUCGUUGGCCAAGGAGUGCCCCCUUUCACAGAGUAUGAUUUCUUCCAUUGUGAACAGCACUUACUAUGCAAAUGUCUCAGCAGCAAAAUGUCAAGAAUUUGGAAGGUGGUACAAACAUUUCAAGAAGACAAAAGAUAUGAUGGUUGAAAUGGAUAGUCUCUCUGAACUAUCCCAGCAAGGUGCCAACCAUGUCAACUUUGGCCAGCAGCCAGUCCCCGGGAACACAGCCGAGCAGCCUCCCUCCCCUGCGCAGCUCUCCCACGGCAGCCAGCCCUCUGUCCGGACCCCUCUUCCGAACCUGCAUCCUGGGCUUGUAUCCACGCCUAUCAGUCCUCAGUUGGUCAACCAGCAGCUAGUGAUGGCUCAGCUGCUGAACCAGCAGUAUGCAGUGAACAGACUCUUAGCCCAGCAGUCCUUAAACCAACAAUACUUGAACCAUCCUCCCCCCGUCAGUAGAUCUAUGAAUAAGCCUUUGGAGCAGCAGGUUUCAACCAACACAGAGGUGUCUUCCGAGAUCUACCAGUGGGUACGCGAUGAGCUAAAACGAGCAGGAAUCUCCCAGGCAGUAUUUGCACGCGUGGCUUUUAACAGAACUCAGGGCUUGCUUUCCGAAAUCCUCCGGAAGGAAGAGGAUCCCAAGACUGCAUCCCAGUCUUUGCUGGUAAACCUUCGGGCUAUGCAGAAUUUCUUGCAAUUACCAGAAGCCGAAAGAGACCGAAUAUACCAGGAUGAAAGGGAAAGGAGCUUGAACGCAGCCUCGGCUAUGGGUCCUGCCCCCCUGAUAAGCACACCGCCCAGCCGUCCUCCCCAGGUGAAAACAGCUACAAUUGCCUCUGAGAGGAAUGGGAAACCAGAGAACAAUGCCAUGAACAUUAAUGCUUCCAUUUAUGAUGAGAUUCAGCAGGAAAUGAAGCGUGCUAAAGUGUCCCAAGCACUGUUUGCAAAGGUUGCCGCAACCAAAAGCCAGGGAUGGUUGUGUGAGCUGUUACGCUGGAAAGAAGAUCCUUCUCCGGAAAACAGGACUCUGUGGGAGAACCUGUCCAUGAUCCGGAGGUUCCUCAGUCUUCCUCAGCCAGAGCGCGAUGCCAUUUAUGAACAGGAAAGCAAUGCUGUACAUCACCAUGGAGACAGGCCGCCCCACAUCAUCCAUGUUCCAGCAGAGCAGAUUCAGAGCCCCUCUCCCACCAUGCUUGGGAAAGGAGAAUCUAGAGGCGUUUUCUUACCAGGCCUGCCGACCCCUGCACCAUGGCUUGGUGCUGCUCCUCAGCAGCAGCAACAGCAGCAACAGCAGCAGCCACCAGCUGCCCCCCCGCAGCCUCAGCCCCAGCCCCAGGCGCAGGCAGGCCCUCGGCUCCCCCCACGGCAGCCCACCGGGGCCUCACCCGCCGAGUCCGACGAGGAGAACCGGCAGAAGACCCGGCCACGAACCAAAAUUUCAGUGGAAGCCCUGGGCAUCCUCCAGAGCUUCAUACAGGAUGUGGGCCUGUACCCAGACGAGGAAGCCAUCCAGACUCUGUCAGCCCAGCUCGACCUCCCCAAGUACACCAUCAUCAAGUUCUUCCAGAACCAGCGAUACUAUCUCAAGCACCACGGCAAACUGAAGGACAACUCGGGGCUGGAAGUGGAUGUGGCAGAAUAUAAAGAAGAGGAGUUGCUUAAGGAUUUAGAAGAGAGUGUCCAAGAUAAAAAUGCUAACACCCUUUUUUCAGUGAAACUAGAAGAAGAGCUAUCAGUGGAAGGAAACACAGACAUUAAUGCUGAUUUGAAAGACUGAGAUAAAAGUAUUAUUUUCAUUCAACAGUGCCACUGGUAUUUACUAACAAAAUAAAAGUCCACCUUGUAUUUGCUCAGAAAACCUUUGUUGUUCAUUGUUUGGCCAAUGAAUCUUCAGAAACUUGCACAAACAGGACAGUUGGGAAAGCAUAGUACAGACUGCACUAAAUGUUUUACUCUGUUCUAUAAACUGCUUGGCAGUCCCAGGUGAAGCAUCGAGGAUUGUUUGGUAUUAAAGUUUGUGUUCAAGGGGUGCACCACGGUGUGUACCCCAUAAGCAUGAUACCAGAGAUUUUUUUAAAAAUUAUUAUUAUUCUGGAGCCUCAGACAAGCAUUAUAACUUCUGUGAUUAUGAUUUCCUCUUCAGUUAUUUCUGUAACACUUCACACUGAUCUUUGAAAACUCGCCCCUUAUUUUAAAAAAGAAAAAAGAGUUUGUUACUCUAUUGUAUGUUACAAAAGAACUAUAGACUGUGGAAUGCAGUUUAAAGAUGACAUAUGCCAACAAAUGCCUUGUAUUAUAUGGCACUGCCGUAAUUCAAAUUUGUUUUUAUUUUGGGAAUAAAAAUUCACUGUAAUUUUUUUUCAUUCUCAUUGUUACAUAAUUUUUUUAAAAAAAGGAAAAGAAAAUGUGAAACACAAUUUAGUCAUUAUUUAUUUGUAGAUCCUGCAGUGUCAUGUUGUAAUUAAUUUUUUGAAAGUUUCCGUUAAAUGCAAUAUUGCUUCUCUUGUUACCAUACUGAUUCUUUUCUAUUUAUAAAUGUAUUUUGAUGGGCAGUAAAACAAAGUGUCUUAAAAGUUUUAAAUAGAGAAAAUGUGCUUUACACAGUUGCCUAUAAAAAGUGCUCUAUGUUAUCCAAGCAAUUCAUACUAUAAGCUUCACUCUUAUUGUUGUAUGCAAUUUUUACUAUCAUGCAAAUAAGCUUAGGUAAAUAAACUAAUAGAUCACCUUAGAAAAUUAUGCAAUUAAUGUGAAAAUAAUUGAUGUUUGCAAUGUGUCUUCCUUUGGUUUACAAUCAAUUUUAAAGCUACAUCUGUAUAAAAUUUCUGUAUAAAGGUGUAUUUCUUUUUUAUGAGUUUAUGGCUAUGAAAACAGCUAUUUUGUUACAGCUGGCUGUUUUUAUAAGUGUAUCACAAUUUUCUUUAUGCAGAAAUGUUCUGAAUAGGAGUGGUUAUUGACUGUAACUACACAAUUAAAAUUGUUUGUAUGGUAUGACAUAGUAGGGUUUGUCUGCUUAUGUGAAGUAACUAACAAAGGAUGGCCCUCAUUUAGGUGCAUGUUAAUACUUUCUUAAAGAUACUUUACUGAUUUUUAAAAAGGACAACUGAAAAGUCACUUGAAACACUGUAAAUUUAAAUCACAAACACAUGCUCAUUUUUAAUAGGUAUGAAUUUUAUAGUGAAGAUGAUAACCUGUUUUGGGGUAAUAACAUUUUGCUUAAUAAUCAGGACAGUGAAAAGAUUCCAACAAAAACAUAAAUCUAGUCCUUAGCAGUUUAGACUUGAUUCACCUGCUUUUAUUUCACAACCCUUCAAGUAUGGCAACACUUCUCCUUAAGCUAAGGUGUAUUUUUAAAGCUCAUAAAAUAAAUAAAUAGGGGGGAAAUGGGAAUUGUGUGUUAAAAAACCUUUCAGUAAGCAUUGUUUUCAGUUGUAAAUGGAGAAAAACUCAGCUCGGUUCACUGCAUAUGUCGUAACUGUAAGAACCACAUGAAGAAAAUAACAUACCUGGAAUUUCAUCACAAUCUUUAAAAUUCCUGCAACAUGAAACCUUAGUAAAUAUGAUCACAGAAAGGAUUCAGGCCAGUGUUGUAGUUACUGGUAUUUUUUUGUUUGUUCUUUUCUCUUUACCUUCUGCUUCCUCCUCUGACAGCCCAGCAGAUGUUAGGGGUAUCUGGAUUGCUGGAGAUGUGGUUCUGCAACUGCCCUUUCUUUUUUUGCCUACCAUCUCCACAGGCCCCAGUGAGCUCAUUGGUAGGCAACUGGGCAGUUUAAAUGGGAUCAUUGAGAACUCUCAAUAAAUCUUUAAAGUUCCAUUUACUUUUGAAGCCCAGCUCCACUACUCUGAAGGCUGCUGAUUUGUGGCAAACUACUUUGAUUAAAUGAGAAAAGAACUCUGUAAACUUUCCUGUUUGCUAGAGUUCAGAAGAGUAAUUAUUUGAGCCAAAGGAAUUAGAAUUAAAAUAGUAACUAAAUUUCAUGUAUUAAAACAAAACAGAAACUAGUAUGCCAUUAAGUUAAAAAUUUAUCUUCCUUCUUUCCCCUAAAUUCCAGAGAAAAUGCUUAGAUUAGCAUCAGGGAGAAUUGACGUCUUCUUUAAAACCAGUCCAACACUUAACAUAAGGCGUCAAAUAGGAAGUUUAAUAAAUUUUUGGAAGAAGAAAUAGGGUUGCAAGUACAAUUUUACAUUUUUGAUAACCUAAAUUCUUUUUGAAAUGUUUUCAAUGAAAUGAAUAUAUGUUAAAAAGUUUUGCUUAAAAAAUUCUCACUUUUUUUUUUUAACAUUUUAAAGUUGGCAUGGUUUUGCUAGUUAGUGUAAGGCACAUGUUAAUAAACAAUGAUGGCCAUGAUAGAAUGAGCAAGGUUGUUUUCAGGGAAGGCUUAGAAAAGAUUUGUCUAAGUGAUCAUGUCAUUUCCCCCAAUGUCUUUUAUCACCUUUGCCAGUCCUGCUCUUGUUUGUUGCCUGUGGCUAUGGUGAAAUUCCUUGAACAAGCUUCCUUGUGUCCCAAGUAUUUCAGUGACUUUUAAAAGCUGGGCAUAUGACCUAGUGCUUCGUGCUGUUAAGACCUUAGCAGAGUCAGGUAGUUUACGGGUAAUAUUCAACCUUGUGCAUCUGAAUCUGUCAUGGAUUCCUUCACUCAGCACUUUGCCACUAAUUUGUAUUACACUCUGUGGCCAUAUAAUACUUGCACAUUAUGCAAAAAAUAAUGUUGAUAGUAUCUUCUUGCCACACAAUAUGCAGAGUUGACACAUAACCUUUGAGAAACCAAGGUAACUAAUAUGCGUGCCCUAGUUGUGUGGCACUUGAUAAAAAAGUCUGUACAUACUAUAUAUAAGAUGUGUAUUGAUUAGCAUUUAGGCCUAAGGAAUUCUGAGCUUAAGAGUUUUUUUUCCCUAAGUAGUGAUAACUAUAUCUAACUGUGCUUACCUAAAGUACAUAGCUUGAGUAGAAAACAUUUAAAUGGUUCAGUAAAAUUGAGAAUCCCAUACAUUCCAUGAUUAAAUCCUGCCCUAUUCCCUAUUGUUAACAUCUGGCUGAUAUUAAGGUCCUUGAUUGUCAUAAUAUUUUCAAUAAAUGAGAUAUUCUAAA